AUGCCGAUCUGGGCCGUCUUGUGCUACGCCAACACAUUCGUGGAGGUGCUGAUGGGGCUUGUUCUCUCCGCGAAGCCAGAGACCAUGAUCCUCGACCUGAAGACGGAGAACCGACCCAGUCCAGCCACACUUUCGGACAAGAAGUGGGGCUUCGCCUUAGGCAGUGCACUUUGUGCGAUCGGCGUCUCCACGUUCUUUGCACGUGACGCCACCUCGUGGGAAAGUCAAAAGGCUGUAUGUCUUUGCAAUGCAACCUUCCACAGCUUGGUGGUCGGUCAGAAGGCCAGGGCUGUCGUGGGCGGUGAAAAGCUGGACGUGCCGCCGACUGUAAUUCACCUUCCACUCGCCCUUUGCUUCAUCCUCUUCGCCUUUGGUCAGAUCUGA